AUGGCUUCCAACACCAAGGACUCGUUACUGUCGCGCCACUACAUCGACUACGUCUAUGUCCCGGCUGCUCUUCUCGUCGUCGGCACCCUGAUUGUCAAGAAGGAAUGGGUUCCGUACUCGGCCGCCCUGGCCGUCCUGCUCGGCGCCUACAACUUCUGGAACUUUCAGAUUAAAAAGGUUCUCAAGCCCGAUGUUUUCCAGGAAUUCGAGCUGGAGGAAAAGACUGUCAUCUCCCACAACGUCGCCAUCUACCGCUUCAAGCUCCCCUCCUCCAAGUCUAUCCUCGGCCUCCCCAUCGGUCAGCACAUCUCGAUCGGCGCUCCUCUCAAGCAGCAAGAUGGCACCACCAAGGAGAUUGUGCGCUCGUAUACCCCCAUCUCCGGCGACCACCAGCCCGGCUUCUUUGAUCUGUUGAUCAAGUCGUACCCCCAGGGCAAUAUCUCCAAGCACAUGGCUUCUCUCGUCGUCGGGCAGACCAUCCGCGUCCGUGGCCCCAAGGGCGCCUUCGUCUACACCCCCAACAUGGUCCGCCACUUUGGCAUGAUUGCCGGCGGCACUGGCAUCACUCCUAUGCUCCAGAUCAUCCGUGCUAUUGUCCGCGGCCGAGCCGACGGCGACAAGACUCAGGUCGACCUGAUCUUUGCCAACGUGACUCCCCAGGAUAUUCUCCUUAGGGAGGACCUCGAUGCUUUGACCAAGGAGGACAGCGGUAUCCGCAUUCACUACGUCUUGGAUAACCCUCCCGAGGGCUGGACUGGUGGUGUUGGCUACGUCACCGGCGAGAUGAUUACUAAUUGGCUCCCCAAGCCAGCCGAAGACGUCAAGGUUCUCCUCUGCGGUCCUCCUCCCAUGGUUAGCGGCCUGAAGAAGACGACCGAGAGUCUCGGAUACAAGAAGGCUCGCCCCGUCAGCAAGCUCGAGGACCAGGUCUUUGCUUUCUAA